CUUCUGUUAAAUAUGAAGUCUAUGUGGUUACUUUGGAUAUUUGCGGUUUUACCAACGGUUUUUGGACUAUUUGGAUUCGGAAAAUCGUAUUUGGGGGAUUCUCGUUUGUGUCGCCAAUGGAACUGCAUCAACACAAAGCUGGGCUUUGAAGAUUCUUUGCCACCCAAGCAUGAGAGUGUAGCAGUUCUGCGCCAAUUACUUCCCCAAGGACCAUGGCAGGAUGUUGUGGAGAACGUUGUGGAGUAUUGUUACGAGAACAGGAGCCGAAGGUUUACCAACACUUGUCCUGGACAGGCCUUGAUGCACUGUUUUGUAGAUCAAAUGAUUGAUUUUUGUCCUGAGACCAAUUUGAGAAAGGAUGACUCCUGUUCUUUAGUCACGUCUAUAAGCGGAUUGAGAUAUAUGUUCUCACAAAGUCGCUACACAGAUUUGGAGAAGAAUUUGCCAAGAGAACGUCGUCCGGCUUGGUUUUUGAAAAACUAUUUUGACAAGAACUGCUGCGAUUUGCCUGUGAUAUUCAAUACGACGGUUCUUGAAGAGUGCGGCUUCAGUUCUGUAAUGAACUACAUCGACCAUGGUCUAAAACAACCUUACCCACCUUCUGAAACUGUAACGCUGUUACCAUUGACUACUCCUGGCCCGAUCACAACUACCGACUCUGGCGAUACACUCAAAAUUGUUGAUUUGAACACAAUUCAAGAAACUUCUACAAGUGCAACUAUAGAUCCAAUGGAAUGUUGUGACAUGGAGGGCUUUAUUAAGGCUUCAUGGAAAUCGGAGUGCAAUUUCCAUUUGCAGUGGGGUGGUAAAGAGAGGUUAGUUGUCUCUCAGCCACCAGCUACUGAACCUCCUACGACCACGACUGAGCGGACUGAAGCUGUACAGGAUAUAAUGCUGGUGCCGCAUUCCUGCGAAAAGGAGACCUGCGUUUUCCGUAACCUUGGAAUCGUAAAGGGAACGGAGUUUAAUACUACAGCGUUCUUAUUGGAGGUGCUUACAAACUUCACGCACUCUCAUCCAGCUUGGGGACAUUCUGUCAGCGAAGUGAUGACCAAGUGUCUGGAUACGAAUAACAGAGGACAUAGCAGCGACUGUCCUGUCAACGAUGUUUUGGCUUGUACGUUUGAUGUGCUCACUGAGAACUGCCCAUAUAAGAGGAAAUCGGGAGUUUGCAAACACGGCAAACACGAUGUUCCAUGCCAAAUAAGUUCUUCAAAAUACCGACCUAAGAACCGUCGUGAGAUAUGUCUUCUGCCGGAGUUGGUACAUCAUGACUACCUGUACGGGUGUGGUCUCGACGCCAUAUACAAGGUGGAGCACGUGGCUGUGCCUGUUAGGCGAAAGAAACAUGUGUACCCGAGCAUAUGGCAAAACUGCAAACAAUUACAAACACAAACAACAUGUGUUAUGGAUAAAUUGGGGAUUCUAAACAGAUAUAAAUUCAUGGACUACUUUAGGAUGAAGGAAAAAAUCAGAGAAUUUACUGAAGACAAACCUGAAUGGUCGGCCAUGAUGGAUAUCUAUACGACAGCCUUCAUUAGCCUGCCGAUGUACUCCGAUCAUUGUAAUUCGGAGAGAAAGCUGCUGAACGUGAUUGAUGCCAUGCUGAUGACAUGCCCAAUAUCGAAACGAAAAAAUACACCGCAAUGCAACUCAAUCUUCAUGGAAAUGAUUAAAGCAACUCCAGCGGACAAGCAAAAUUUGACGAAAGAAAAAACCGACGAAGUUAUGAAGCACUACCACCACGUGUUUAUGCCUACACGACCACGACCUUCCAGAUUCGACGUCGCUAUACGAAAGAAGCACACUAAACACGUCACGCCUGCAUUUCAAUUUGGAAUUCUUGAUUCAAAAAAUGCUCCUCCCGUGCGAGUGACUUAUGUUAAACCUCCUUUGAUUAAAGUAAGACCAUUGAUUCUUCAGCCAGUGUAUUUAAGGCCUAGCAGUUUUAUACACGGUCGCGUGAGUGAUGGUGUUUUUAGAAACAAUCCUUUUUGGCUUCACGACCAAAUACUCAAAGGUCAAAUGUCAACUACUACGACUAGAGCUCCCAUAGUUUCUACCUCUUCGAGUCCCGUACUGUCAACGACGCUUCCUUAUUCAAAACCUUUGAUCGAAUUCCCAACUGAAGAUAAUAUGGAUUUGGGGAAACCUGAAUAGUGUUUUCUGGAUUAAGUAAAUGUUGUAUUGUA